UAAGCAGAAGAGAAAGCAAUGGAAGCAUCCAUAGUUUAGCGAGCGUGGGAAGUACCAUGAACGUCAAUCCUGGAUGCAGUCAAGGACGCCUUACCAGAGAGAGUCCGGGCUGUGAAUGUUAUAGGACAUUGUAUGUAUGGAUGUGCAUUCUGUUCCGGUGUCGAGCAUAAGGUGCCGUUGUACUUUACGCGUUACUUCAACAAGACGUUGCCGUACACAGCGCAGGACGUACGAUUACUCUACGCGUCCAACAGAACGGGAUCGGCCUCUAACUCCACUAACGCAGUGUUGGUGGCACCAUCCUAUGGCAGUACCUCAAUACUCGCACAGAAGCCCCUGAUCCAACUCUUACACAGACUGGAGCAGACUGGCCGCUGGAGAUUUAUCUGGAAGAUGCACCCAAGCUUUUUACAGCUGGAUGGGCAUAACAUCGAGGACGAAUCAGACGUAGAUCAAAGGGAGCGCGAGAAUGUAAAAUUCGUCUUGGCCAAUUUCACAGUGGCACAGGCUGAGCAUGCAUCUUUGUUACCGUUCCUGGAGGCCUUUGACGUGAUCAUCACGGAUCUGCACUCGUGUGUUCCGUUUAUUGCGACGUACUUUACACCCAAGGUCAUCCUUUCAUAUUUCAACGACGCGGAUUACGGAGCCCCAGAGAGGCAUAAGGAGUUUAUGAGUCAAUUGACCACAUUUGUGGAGCCAGAGGAACUGGAAGGCCUGUUGAACACAUUACCGCCGGCCAAGGGAGAUCCGUCGUUCUUUCACAGCCAAUAUGGACACGUCGAUGGCAAGGAGGAUUUGAGAUUUGGCAAUCUUGCAGGAUGGCCAACCGAGCAGUUUGAGCCGUCGCAACCACUGCAGUACAGGCAAGUCAUGGCUCGAAUCGCGCUCGAAUGGAAGAGGAUUUACAAGGAUACGGCAGAAAAGUAUUCGAAUGACAUCAAGGGCGCCAACAAUGCUCUGGGCUUCCAUGCAAAGUUCCCACUGCUCAAGGAUGACGAGGACGAGUCAGUCCCUAUUACUCUGCCCCGACUUUUGCCACGUGAUCGACAGGCAGCAGGCAUUGAAUUGAGGAUCAUGACCUUUAAUAUCUGGAACGGUGGACUGUCAGGAGGUCAGCCUCUUGAACAAACAGCCAAGGCCAUUCUCGCCUCUGGAGCUGAUGUUGUCGGCCUGCAAGAGUGCUCUACGGUGGUUGAGCCAUCGGGCUGUAGAAGAUAUAUGCUUCCAGAGCUGAUGCAGUAUCUCCCAGGAUGGUACUACAGCGAUCAGAAAUUACGUUCAUUCAGCACAGGACGUCGAAACCCAUGGGGCGUAGUGUCAAAGUUCCCGAUUGUCAGCGCGACUGAGAAAGGAUUCGGAGUCAAAAUCCAGCUCAACAACCAUCGUCAUCCCGAGAUUGAGUCCCCAUAUUUUGAGCUUCCUGAAGAUCAAUACCCGCCCGUGGAGCGAUCACGUCGAUCGUCAAUGUCAUCCGCGUCCAUCUCAUCUUUUACGAGCAGCGGUCGCCGUGAGAGCAGUGGUAGCAUCCACAUGACGUCCAACACGCGGUUCAUGUAUUUGUUCAACUGUCAUCUGUAUUAUUUCCCAUAUCAGCCCUUCCAGCUGCUCAAGAUCCCAUACGAAGGUGAGCCGGACCUAGAGACAGCUGAGGAGGCGAUUCAGUCAUGUAUUGAUACCCGCGGCAAGGAAAUGGACAUCAUUCUGGACGAGAUCAAACAAGUUGCAGAACAGGAAAAGGAUGUACCUAUCUUUUUGACAGGCGAUUUCAAUGAGCCGAGUCAUCUAGACUGGACAGCUUUGUCGGUCUUGGCUGGGCUGCACCCUAUGACGGUCAAGUGGCCGAUAACGGAGCGGGCGUACAAGGCAGGACUUGUGGAUCUGUGGAGGGCCUAUCGACCCUAUCAGAUGGGCUCGGGCUGUACCUUGCCUCCGAGUCCCGUUACUCUUGGCAGUAGCGUGCAGUUUCCAAACAGCGGCGUCAAGGAUGCGAGGGAGAAGGACCAGAUCGAUAGCCAGGUUAUUGAACGACCUGGUUUCACAUGGACAGUGUUAAAGUCCGAGGCGGACGUGAGGGAUCACUGUGAUCGGAUCGAUUACAUUUUUGGACUGAACCGGGAGUCGAGUCCGAUCGCGCUCAAGGAAAUGGCGAUUAGGAUGGGCGAGGAGCCUUGUCGAUCAGGAGAAAAGAAUGAGAAGAUGCUAAGACCAUGGCCGUCAGAUCAUCGCGCCGUUGUCGCGACCGUCCUUUUGUGAGAGAGACAAGGACGUGGGGGGGUCAAACAAGCGAAAGCGAGGCCUGAUUACUUUUUUUUGUACAUACCGCCAUAGGGGAUUAGAUUUUAUAAUAGUAUGUUGCUAGUCUAUCACUGCACAUUCAUCGAGUUUUACGGUUUUAUGGUGAUUGUUGAUGGCCAGACAUAUUUGUAUGUCAAUUGCGGCUCUCAAACUGGCCCAGGAACAACCCCCGGUCG